GUCCUCUAUUUCACAAGUCUCGUAGCGCGAUAAAAAUUGUUUAGACAAAUGAUUUUGUUGAAGCAGUAAGCGGAGUAUUAUUUAACAAAAAAAAAUCAUUGUAAGUGUUUUCGUAAUUUGAUUCGUUUGUUAAUUUCGUUUUAAUCAGGUGAAAUGAAUGAAACUAAUGAGUUGCCACCGGGAACAGCAUCGUUACUUGAAGAACUUGAAAAAAAACUUAUGGUUUUAUUGAGAGAUGGCAGAACGUUAAUUGGCUAUCUUAAAAGUGUCGAUCAAUUUGCUAAUAUAGUACUUCAAAGUACCAUUGAAAGAAUUCAUGUUGGUCAAGAGUAUGGUGACAUUCCGAGAGGUAUUUUCAUAGUAAGAGGGGAGAAUGUUGUGCUUUUAGGAGAAAUAGAUAUAGAGAAGGAAAAAGUGUUGCCGUUGAAAAAGGUGACAGUGGAUGAAAUUUUGGAUGCUCAGAGACGCGAACAAGAAUCUAAGCAGGAGCAGAAAAAGCGAAUAAACAAAGCUCUGAAAGAACGAGGUUUUGCGUAUAUACCAGAUUUAAGUCAUGAUGAUAUGUACUGAUGCACAAAUGUACAUAUUUUUUUUGUAUCAAAAAAAUUUAUCUAAUUAAUUUACGAUAAUUAAAUAUAACUAUUACACGAAAUUUACAAUAGCACAGUUACUUCCCAACUAAUGUAAUGUUGUUUAUAAAGUCGUAAUAUCUCUGAAAAACUAACAGUAUCUUGUAUUUUAAGAACAAAAAAGAUAAUGCAUAUCAGUUAGAUUUAUAUGAGUUUAUAUAAAUAGCACAUAAUAUAGAUUAAUUAUGAAUAAUGUUAAAAUAUUCAAAUUUUCAUAUAAGAUCAUAAUUAAAUACUAUAUUAUGUGAGUUUCUUAUAUAGUUUAUUUUACUUAUAAAUACUUAUUCUAAACUUUACAUUGCAUAAAUUAUUUAUUUAAGAUACAUAAAGGUAAUAAUUACACUUGAUAUCAAAGCGUAUCAUUAUGUAUUGUGCAAUUUGAUAAUUACAAAAUGAAUUAGAAAAAUACUUUGUUGCAUUUUAUAGCAAUACACAGCUUUUAUAAAUGUCUUUAUUAAUAUUGUUGCAAAAGAAAAAUGAGAUUCUUUUAAAUAUCUUGUAUCGUAUGCACAGUUAAUAACGAUUUAAUUUCUACGUAAAUGGAAUAAAUGAUCCAGUUAUUGUUGGAUAAUAAAUUUACAUUUGAGACAAAAUUAUAUAUAGGAUACUCCACGCAAUUAAGCGGAACUGUAAUUUGAAAACGGAGAUAGCAAAAUAUUAUAAGAUAAAAUAAAAUGAUUUUGGAUGCUUCACAUUCCUGUUACUUUCAUGCAUUUUUGUAUGUUACAAAAUGCAGUCGCAUUUUUUUUUAAAUAAAAUUUAAUAUUCUUGAAUGUAUUAAUCAAUGCAAUUUUUCCUUCUCUACAAAAAACUAUUAUAAA